AUGGAAUUCAUGGAGGAAGCUCUGAAUAAGGCCAGGGAAGCUCUGGCCAGAGGGGAAGUCCCCGUUGGAUGUUUGUUCAUUCGCAACGGGGAGGUAGUGGCUUCUGGAGGGAAUGAAGUGAAUGACACGAGAAAUGCAACAAGACACGCCGAAAUGAUCUGCAUCGAUAAAGUUCUCCGGAUCGCCCAAGAAAAAGGAGAAGACUUCCGGAGUGUGUUCCCGGAAAUCUCUGUGGUGGUCACAGUUGAGCCCUGUAUCAUGUGCCUGGCUGCCUUGAGUGAACUGAGGGUGCGUGAAAUCAUCUUUGGCUGCGUGAAUGAUCGCUUUGGCGGUUCAACUGUCCUGGAUGUUGCUGGAGUCCUUCCUGCUGAAAAGAGAAUUCCCUGCAGUGGCGGAGUGAGAGCAGAGGAAGCAAUGGAACUGCUAAAGACUUUCUACAAGGGCGAGAAUCCUUCAGCACCUGUUUCAAAGCCACGCAAAAAUACUGAAUAAACUUGUAUUUUCUUUAGAAAA